GUGGCGGGCGCCAUGUCGCGCUGCCCGUCGUGCGGCGCCGCGGCGCUCGUGGAGGACGCGCACUACGCGCAGGCGCAGCUCGUGUGCGCCGCGUGCGGCUGCGUGGCGGCCGAGGGGCUGCUCACCACCACCUUCGGCGACGAGGAGCACCUGCGAGAGGUGGCCUUCUCGCGGAGCACGGGGCAGCGGGAGCAGCGGAGCCGCAGCGUGCAGCGAGGCGUCAAGCGGGUGCAGGACCUGUGCCGGGUGCUGCGGCUGCCGCGCGCGCUCGAGGAGACGGCCGUGUCGCACGCGGAGCGCGCCCUGCCGCGCGCCGCCUUCCGCCGCCUCGGCCUGCCCAAGAAGGAGCUGCUGGGCGGCUGCUGCGUGCUGGCGAGCUGCCGCCAGCACGGCUGGCCCCUCACCAUGGGCACGCUCUGCUCGCUGCUCUACGCCGACGCCGAGCUGCUCGCCGGCGUCUACCGCGGCCUGCGCGCCGAGCUGCGGCUCUGCGUGCCCGCGCUCGGCCUCGCGGAGCUCGUCAAGACGCAUCUCAACAGUUUCAGGCUGUUCCAGCAGGCAGCUGACAUCCCGGCGCCCUUCGUGGAGGACAAGGAGCAGACGGUGACGCGGACGCUGCAGGUGGUGGAGCUGGCGGGCGACACGUGGCUCGUGACGGGCCGGCACCCCGUGCCCAUCGUCACCGCCGCCGCCUUCCUGGCGUGGCAGUCGCUGCGCCCGGCCGCGCGCCUCGCCUGCACCCUGGCGCGGUUCUGCCGGGCGGCCGGCGUCGAGGUGCCGCCGCCGGCGCCCCUGCGCCUCAAGGAGCUGCACGACGUCCUGCUGCGCAUGGCCGCCCAGCUCGCCUGGCUGCGCGUGCUGCGCCUGGACAAGAAAACGGUUGUCAAGCACCUGGGGGACAUCCUGCAGCACCGCGUCUUCCUGCUGCGGAAGGCCUUCCGCACGGAGGAUGAGGAGGAGGAGGAGGAAGAUGAAGAGGAGAAGGAGGAGGCUCCACUGGAUGCGGUGGCCCCAGUGGACACGAAGGCUCCGCUGGACACAGCGGCCCCGUUGGACACGGCAGCUUCAGUCGACACGGCGGCCCCACUGGACGGGUCAGUUAGACUGGACACGGCGGCCCCGCGGGACACGGCGGCCCCACGGGACACGGCAGCUCCAGUCGCUGCAGGGGCCUCGCUGGACGCGGCGGCCCCGCCGGGUGCAGCAGGGCGCGAGCAGCACCAGGUGAGUGGGCUGGCGCGCACCGAGCCGGCGCCCGCCGUCACCGGCGACGAGCCCAUCUCCGACAGCGAGAUCGAGCAGUACCUGCGGGGCCGCGAGGAGGCACGCGCCUUCGGCAAGGCCAAGGCCUGGCUCUGAGCGCCUUGUCCCGUCACCCGUCC